CCAUGACUGAACCUCUCACAACUACCAACGCGCUCAUUGACCUCACCGCAUUCGUUCCCUCGAGACAGCGGAAGUUCUCGUCUGUUCCUUCCUGCCGGAUUCUUGGGUAGCGAAGCCAAUUCGGCCUCGCAAUCUUCACAGCCAUUGAGCCCGUCUCCAUCGCCAAGUUCAGCUUGCGCCCCCGACCUCUAGCUCUUCAGACGCUCCACCUCGUGGAACCCCUUAUCGAAUCAGUGAACAACUACAAGGUCUGCAUUCGAUCCCUCAAUCGCCUGCCGGACGCAUUUGACACUACCUGCGAACAGACGAAAGGAUGGAGUGCACGUUCGGUAUCACGGGCAAGGGAUAUGCCAUCAUUGCUUCGGAUAGCAAUGCGGCGAGGUCCAUCAUCAAGAUGAAGGGUGAUGAGGACAAGAUGAAAGUCUUGAGUCGUCACCUUGUCAUGGCUUAUUCUGGCGAGAGCGGCGAUACCUUGCAAUUUUCAGAGUACAUCGAGCGAAACUUGCAACUGUACAGCAUUCGUCAUCACGUUGAGCUGCGACCAAGAGCAGCAGCAGCCUGGAUCCGCAAUCAGCUCGCAGAGUCUCUGCGCUCACGCAACGCCUACCAAGUGAACCUCUUGCUCGCAGGUUUUGACGUCCCAGCAUCCACGCCAGCAUUGUAUUGGGUCGACUAUCUCGGAACUUCCAUCCCGGUACCUUUCGGCGCACAUGGUUACGGUGCUCACUUGACUCUCAGUACGAUGGACAGGUAUCACAGGCCUGACAUGAGCUUGGAAGAAGGCUUGGACUUGCUGAGGAGAUGCAUCAACCAGCUCAAACUCAGAUUCAUUGUCGACUUGGGACAGUUCAAGGUCAGGGUCGUGGACAGAGAUGGCGUGAGGGAGGUCACCCUCUAAUCACCUCACAGUCAUUCAAGCUUGGGCAUUCAAUGGCAUGAAAUUCUGACGAC